ACCAAACCUAUCGACGACGCGUUCGCUUCGUCCGGCUAUACGAUCGCCGAAAUUGAUUCCGUGAUUAUAGUCGGCGGUAAUACACGAGUGCCUAAAAUACAGACAGUUUUGCAAAACUAUUUCAACAAAGAGUUGUCCAAAAGUAUUAACGCCGACGAGGGGGCGGCGAUGGGCGCCGCUUAUCAGGCGGCCUACCUGUCCAAAGGAUUUAAAGUGAAGACAUUUGUAGUGAAAGACGCGAAUCUGUUCCCAAUUCAAGUGGACUUCGAUCGCGACACCGAAGAGGGCUCAAGAAAGUCAAUGUCCAGAACACUGUUCGGCCGAAACAACGCUUUCCCCCAAAAGAAAGUCUUGACAUUCAAUAAACACAACAAAGACUUUGAGUUUGCGGUCAAUUACGGCUCCAAACCCGAGGGCUUUUCCACCAAUAUUUUUAACGUGUCGCUAAAGGGUGUGUCGGAAGCGAUCGGUAAACACGAAUCGGUGGACUCGAAGGGAAUCAAAGCCCACUUUCGUAUGGAUGAGAGCGGACUCUUGAAUGUGGAGAGCGUUGAAGCGGUGUUUGAGACCAAAGUGGAGUCGGACGCCGAAGAGAUGGGCAAUAUUGUGGGCGACGCCAUCUCCAAGUUCGGCGAAUCCAUAUCCAAACUCUUUGGCCGUACGGACGACGAGACUCUUCUCGAAAAGGCAAACGAAACGGAAUCGACGGCAACCGCUAACGAGACCGCGAGCGCCAAGAAUGAGACCACAGAACCGAAGCCCGACACCAAUGAGGCGAACAAAACGACCGCCGAAUCGGCGAAUACGACCGCAAACGGCAACCAAACGGAACCCAAGAAGGAGUUGAAGAUUAAGACAAUCAAAGAGCCGAUCGAUACCACUGUUGUUGUGUUGGAUUUACCGACUCUUAGCGAAGACCUACUCAAACAGUCCAGAGAUAAGCUCAAGGAGUUGGACGAGAAAGAGUCGGAACGACUGACACGAGACAAAGUGAAGAACACAUUGGAAUCGUUUAUUCUGGAGACGAGAGUGAAGUUAGAAGACGAGGAAUACUCGACGUCGACCACCGAUGACGAGAAGAGCAACAUUGAGACGCAGCUGUCGGGCGCGCGGGAGUGGCUCGAGUACGAGUCGGACGGCGCGGAGACCAAACUGUUUACCGACAAAUUGGCGGAACUGAAAGCGCUGACCAAAACCCUGUUCGAGAGGGUCCGCGAGCACAGGGAUCGACCGGAAGCGUUGGCCGCGUUGAACAACAUGUUGAAUAUGAGCGAAAUGUUUUACGGCGGAGUAGCGGCUACUCCGGCCGACGACCAGAUCUUCACGGAGGUUGAGAUCCAGACGUUGAAGAAGUUGAUUGACGACACGAAGGCGUGGGUCGAACAGACGGUCGCCGAACAGUCAAAGCUGGCCAAAAGCCAGACCCCGAAACUGACGCUCAAGUCGAUUGCCGAGAAAAUGGCGGCUCUCGACCGCGAAGUGAAGUAUUUGCUAAAUAAGGCUCGCAUUACACCACCGAAGAAGAAGCCCGAGAAGAAUGAGAGCGAAUCGGAAACGAGUGAUAAAAACAAGACAACAGACGAGAAGAAGACAACGGAUGAGAAGACAGAAGAGGAACAGACGAAAGAAGAAGAGAAGAGCGAAAGUGAGACCAUAAGCGAAGAGCCAGUGGUGGAG